UAUUCAAUCCUGCUGCCUUCUUCGAACACUCCUAGCAGGUCUAACGACAGCGAGAGGGAUGCGGAGAGUUUGAUGCGUGGCAUGGCACGCACGGGACGGAGCCUGGCCUGGCUGGCAGUUGCGUUUGCCGUGGGCCUGCGAGACGCCUUCCUGAACCGGCCCAGGAUUCCACCCACGAAUCCUGUCGGCAUCCAGAACCGAGCUUGGACCUGGCGGGGCUGCCAGGUGCGCUAUCAAGUGCUCGGAGAGGAGAACACGGGGCCGAGCGUUGUGCUGAUUCAUGGCCUGCUGGUGAAUGCUGAUCACUGGCGGAAAAACUUGCCCGCGCUGGCAGAGGCGGGUCUGCGAGUCUAUGCACUGGACCUGCUGGGAAACGGGUAUACCGACCGGCUUGAGCCGGGCUCCGAAAAGGCGGCGGAGAUCAGCGGCGAGCGGGGCCGGGAGCUGCGGGACGUGGACACGGAGCUGGUGAUAUCCAGAGGUGUUCGGCAGAAAGUGACUGUGCCCCAGCGCCAUCCCUUGGGCUCCGUGUAUAACAUCUUCACCUGGAGUGAGCAAGUGUCUGACUUUAUCAAAGAGAUGGUCAAGUCGGACGUCUUCUUGGUUGGGAACUCCCUGGGCAGCCUUGUGAGUCUGCAAGCUGCCAUCGACUCGCCUGAUGUGGUGCGGGGGCUGCUCUUGGUGAACCCCCGGUUCCGCCAGGAGCACGUGUCGGAGGCUCCCGCUGUAGCCAGGCCUGUGAUAUCGUGGGUGCAGAGGGUGCUGCGCGAGACCCCAGUGGGUGGGUGGCUCUUCAAUGCGCUGAGCACGGAGGCGGCGGUGACUGAGAUCCUGAAGGAGCCCUACUACGACUCCUCUCAGGUAACACCGGAGCUGGUGGAGGUUCUGCGCAGCCCGCUCCUGCUGAAGGGCGCUCUCGAGUCGACCCUGGAUAUCCUCUCCUACUCCACCGGCCCACUGUUGGAGCAGCUCCUGCAGGACAUGCGCCCAGAGACUCCGGUGUGGGUGUGCUGGGGUGAGCGGGAUCCCUGGACGCCCUUGCAGCGCGUAUCGGCCCUGGACGAGUUCGAGGCGGUGAAGAAACUGGUGGAGCCGCCCGUCCAGCUUUUUUCUUUUUUUUCUCUUUUUUUCUCCGCACUACGCCAUUCUCGCAAAGGCACUAGAAGAAUUCCUCCCAAGAAAUGACUAGCUUGUUUGGUCGUAAAAUAAGUACUGCACGUCAGAUCUUGAGAUGUGUCCCUCGAGAACGCCUCCUGAUGUUCGCUUCGUCCACCUAGUGCUAUGAGGGGGGUCAAGCAGGCAGGAGCACAGUCCAGGUUGUCAUCGUUGGAUUGACAAGUGCAAGACGAUGGUUCCUCAUUCUUGGAGGGUCAGGUGGGCAAAAAAAGGCACUCCGGCAAAUAUAGGACGUGCAGAAUGCGUUUCUUGAGCGAUGACCAGAAUGGGAAUCAAUUGACAAAAGCUGGGGGGCCUUUUUCAAGGUGGACAGUGACCCCUCCAAACAGCAGAUCUUCGGGGGAUUUUCGCGACGAGGUUUCCCGGGGUGGGCCAUUGCCCCCACGACGAGGCUCCAGAUGUUGUGAACAAGCUGAUUCUGUCUCUUGUGAAGAACAUCUCCAGCUGAGCUUAUCUUCUCCCAGUUCGGGAGUUGCGAGUCCCCAAAGCGGGCGAUGUCAGCGAGGCAAGGCUACAAGACUGUUGGCUCAGCUUGCCACGCCGGGAUGUCUUGAAUUUGGCUGGACA